AUGACGUAUGACCCGCCUGUCUGUGCCAUCGUUGCCAUUGUCGUACUGGCUGUGGCCUGGAUUUGCGUGAUUCUCCGGCUCUACGUUCGUCUCUAUCUCCAGCGCAAUCUGGCUGUCGAUGAUAUUCUCUCCGUCGCAGCAUCUGCGAUCUUCACUGCUUUGGCAUUGCGAUACGUUAUUGGUCUACUGCGCGACGGACUAGGGAGACAUGACGCUGCUCUAUCCCGAUACACGUACGCUCGAGGAAUGCAAGUCGGCUUUACCUGUGUCCUCCUCUUCUUCGCAAGCACGUACCUUAUGAAACUCUCCUUCAUCUAUACCCUCUUUCGCGUCGUCCAAAAGGGAAGCUACCGCUACAUCCUCUACAUUCUCACAGCCACUGGCGGCAUCUUAACGAUAUGUGUCGGAUUCUGGACACUCUUCUACUGCGAUCCGAUCAAACAUUUCUGGGAGCGACCGCUGCCGAAUGUCGGCCCUGGGCAUUGCAAGAGCGUCGCUAGUCUACGGACGGUCUUGCUUGUACACGCGGCUUGGAUUUUGACGGCGGAUCUUACGCUGGGACUUGUUAUACCGAGUCUAUUGCUGAAUAAUUUGCACAUCCCGCUCGCGACCAAGGUUUCGGCGUGGAUACUGCUGGGUUUGGGAUCGAUGGCAAGCGUCGCAACGAUCAUCCGCAUAAUAUACCUCCCCGGCCUUAGCGACAAAGACGCGCUGUUUGUCAACAACCCCGCAGUCCUCUGGUCCAGCAUUGAAGUGGCAACAAAUAUAAUCUGCACGAGCGCGAUGACGUGGAAACCUUUGAUGGUGAAAUGGGGCAUCGUGAACAAUUCGGUGCCCUCGGGGUCCGGACAGCGAUAUGCGCAGCGACGAGGUUCAGAGCACCACCACUCGCUUCCGAUACAGCCGAGUAAUGAUAACAAAUGGCCCGCGCCGCAGGGCUGGGAGGUGAGGAAUGAGCCUAAUGCAAGUACGCAGAUGAUCCUCUAUGCGGAGGAACCGAGGACGGGGAGGAGGCCUGAUAAAGAUGAGCGGAUACAGGGUGCGUACCAUGUAUGA